CGAGGUGUCCCAUGCCGAUUUUCGGAGGCCUCCUCAAGAAGCGGCGGACGAAGGACCCAAAAGCGUCAAAAGACCUACAAUCGACAGCCUCGUCUAGUGCUGAAUCACCUUCAUCGGUUCCAUCGGCAAGUUCACAGCGUAGUUCGCCACAGCUCGGCCAGCAUUCGACUGUCAAUACGUCCGCUUCCGCUGCCCCUCCUGAGCGACCAAUUGACGCCGGAACGUCCGACGCUACACAACUGAACAUCUCUUCCGCAACCCCAGACGUCCGUGCGGGUGCUACGGGUGAUAGCACCGUCAUGAACUCGCAACAAAUCCAAAAUCAUUCUCCUGUGCCCGGGGGAUCUCCGCAACCAGUAUCCCCGCAGCACCAUCAAAAUGUCGCAAGUAUCAAAAACAUCAUAAAUCCACCUCAACAGGAAGAAGUACUCUCCCAAGGAGCCAAUGACGGUCGCUUCCCUUCCCAGCAGCCAGUUCGGACGACCCAGAGACAAUUGAAGGGAAAAUAUUCCCUUAACGACUUCACACUCCGCCGCACCUUGGGAACAGGCAGUUUUGGAAGAGUACACCUGGUGCAAUCGGUACAUAACCAACGUUUCUAUGCGAUAAAGGUAUUGAAAAAACAACAAGUAGUGAAGAUGAAGCAGGUGGAGCAUACCAAUGAUGAGCGGAGAAUGUUGGAAAGGGUGAAGCAUCCUUUCCUAAUCACUCUCUGGGGAACCUUCCAGGAUGCCAAGAAUCUGUACAUGGUGAUGGACUUUGUGGAGGGUGGAGAGCUAUUCAGUUUGCUCCGCAAGUCGCAGCGAUUCCCGAACCCAGUCGCAAAGUUUUAUGCAGCCGAAGUCACACUUGCAUUAGAAUACCUACAUUCACAAAACAUCGUUUAUAGAGAUCUCAAACCCGAGAAUCUUCUCCUUGAUAGACAUGGUCAUCUCAAAAUCACUGAUUUCGGCUUCGCCAAAGAAGUUCGGGAUAUAACAUGGACCCUUUGUGGAACGCCCGACUAUCUUGCUCCAGAAGUGGUUUCCUCGAAGGGAUACAAUAAAUCAGUUGACUGGUGGUCCCUUGGAAUCCUUAUCUUCGAAAUGCUUUGCGGCUUUACACCGUUUUGGGAUAGUGGAUCUCCCAUGAAAAUAUAUGAGAAUAUCGUCCAUGGCCGGGUUAAGUACCCUCCAUUCUUAGUCCCUGAUGCUCGGGAUCUCUUGUCGCAACUCAUCACCCCCGAUCUCACGAAGCGGCUAGGUAACCUUCGGGGCGGAUCGGAAGAUGUCAAAAACCACGCAUGGUUCUCGGAAGUUACUUGGGACAGACUUGCCAGGAAAGAUAUCGAUGCUCCGUAUAUACCUCCAGUUAAAGCUGGGCAAGGAGACGCUAGCCAGUUCGACACCUACCCCGAAGAAACGGAGCAAUACGGCCUACCAGCUGAUGAUGAGUUUGGCCAUUUCUUCCAAGAAUUUUAACCAUUAUAUACGAAAACGAAACGACUUCAUCGACCCCGGUCACGCGACCUAUAUCAUAUCAAAUCUACUAUAUUAGCUUCUUUCGCAUUUGCCAAUUGUAUUGGGUCAAUCUAUGUGUUUGUUUGUUGUUGGCUCUCGGUUAUGUUUCAGCUGGACUGUGACUUAGGAGCCUGUGUUUGGAUCCUUCUUGAAUGAUCCGCCCGUAAGGCGAAUAAUUGACGCACUGUCGGUCUGGCUACCUUGGGCUCAAACAUAAAGUCUAUCUAUUACCUGCAGACGUCGUCUAUUACCUUACUCUAUGUUUAUGGUCUUUCCUCAUCGGACUCUUGGUUUUCAGCACCUUCAUCAUCUUGAGAGCAAGAAGGUAUUGCUGCCACAGCUACAUCAGUGGAGGUAUAUUAUGAGCCUUGCUCUCUUUUUAAGUCUUCCUGAGAAUUAUGCUUUUCCUAUUGUACUGGGUGGAUCUUUCAAAGCUGUUUCAAGCAUUAACAUCGUUUCUGACAUUCAAUGGCCUUCUCGCUCAUGGAUGAAUAACUCCACCGUUACCCCUUUUUCAUCUGGAUGAACCUCUUUAUCUCCUUUAUGAUACUGUUGCAUUGGGAAAUGUUGGGUAUUUUACACUACUUUUCUACACUUUGUUCGGUUCCUUGCACUAUUGGAUAUCAUAUAUUGAUAUAUAUAUCCAAUGCUACAGGAUAAGUUUGGGUUUUUAUUGGCCUCUCUUCCUGUUUUGGCUGGUCUUAAAUAUUUUACUCUAACAAGAAGAAUCUAACAAAGCCAAGGGAGGUUAAAAGUG